AUGCCUGCUCUCUAUGAACAGUUUUUCCUCUUCGGAGACAGCAUAACCCAAGACUCCUUCUCCCAGGAGCGAGGCUUUGCCUUCUCUGCAGCCCUUCAAGCUGCAUACAUCAGGCGACUUGAUGUAGUCAACCGCGGCUUCAGUGGGUACAACACCCGCCAAGCUCUCCAGAUACUGCCCGCCAUCGUGCCCCCGCCGGAUCAGGCUAAGAUUCGGUUCAUGACCAUCUUCUUCGGCGCCAACGACUCAUCGUUACCAGAUGCGCCAAACAAGCAGCAUAUUCCUCUUGAUGAGUUCAUCAAGAACCUAAAGGACAUCAUGUCCCAUCCGCAGAUCAAAGCCCACGACCCUCGUAUCAUCCUAGUAGCUCCUCCCCCAAUCAACGAGCAUCUGUGGUGGCCAAGAGACCAGUCGAACGGAUAUGCUAGCGUGACGCGACUGGCGGGUGCGACCAAAACAUAUGCCGAUGCAGUCGUUCAACUUGGCGCCGAGCUUGGCCUGCCUGUCGUAAAUCUCUGGAAAGCCUUCAUGGCGAGGACGGACUUCAAAGCAGAUAUUUGGAAGCUGGGCGAUGAUCUCCCGGGCUCUUUAGACGUCUCGCAGAAUGACGCCCUCGUGGAGCUUAUGUACGAUGGGCUUCACUUGAACCCAGCAGGAUACGAGAUCUUCUACCAGGAGUUGAUCAAGGUCAUCGCAGAGCAGUGGCCGGAUCAAUCGCCUGAGGAGCUGCCCAUGGUACUGCCGCCGUGGAACGAUCAGGAAGCGUGGAAACAGUGGGAGAGUGCUCAGUCUUCUUCGAUCUAG